GGGGGCAGGGCCCUUCGUAGGAUAGUGUAGUACUAGUAAUCUUAGUUUGACAUGAAUUUAUUAAUAUUUAACGCUUAAUAUUUUAGGUUACCACAGUUGUAAGAAAACUGUAAAAUGUCAGGAAAAAGAAAAGCAGAUUUAAAAGUAAUUAUUCUAGGAGAUUAUGCAGUGGGUAAAACUUCAUUGAUUUGUCGUUAUAUAGAUGGGAAGUUUCGAACACAGGAACCAACAGUAGGUGCAGCAUUCUUCUUAAAGCAGUGGGGACCAUACAAUGUGGCUGUGUGGGACACAGCGGGUGACGAAAGAUACUCAGGGCUUUCACACUUUUACUGUCGCAGUGCUGGUGCUGCUAUAUUAGCCUUUGACCUCAACUCACCCAAAACAUUCGAAUCAUUAUGGGCAAGGUUUGGCUCCACACUUGAAGCAGCCAAUGAAGACUGCCUCAAGGUGGUUGUGGGCACAAAGCUAGACCUCCUCCAGCCUGAAGAGAGGGACAUCACACCCGAGGAAGGCAGAAAACUGGCCAGGGAACUUAAUGAAAAUAUCGACCUCUCAAAGCUGCCGCACGAUCCAUAUUUUGAAACCUCCAGCCUCAAUGAUCAAAAUGUGAAAGACGUUUUUGAGUACAUAUUUCAGCACUGCCUGCCCCUAAGUGCUGACCAAAAAAGGAGGUACAAUGGAUCUGAUAGUAAAGGUAUCAUUGACUUAAUGGAGAGCUCAGGAGAGCAUAAGAGAAAAUGCUGUUAAGACCAAAUAAAAACAUUACUGGUACAGUUUUCAGUGUGCAAGUUCAAGAAAUUUUUCCAUUUAAUUGAAUAUAAGUGUGUGGGUUGUUUUAUUGAACCUUUUUUAUAGUGCGGUUAAUGUUAUCUACAAUUGAAAAUAAUUUUGGGAUGAUUUUUUUUUUUGACAAAUUAUUAGUUCAUAAUGCA